AAAAAAUUAAAAAAAAAAAAAGAAAGAAGAAAAAGAAGAGAGAAAAUCUUCUCUCUCUGAAAAUUCUAUCCUCCGGACUCCAGUCAUUCUCACUUUUUUUUUUUUUUUUCUGCAAAGCCGCAGCAGUUGGAGCAGAAACAGAAGCAACUGCAUUCUUAGUUCUUACACAUUCUCUUGUUUAAGGUUCCCUUUUUGGGAAACCAAAGCCACUGCCAUUCUCUCUGUGUCUCUCCCUCUGCUGUUGUCUGUCUUAUUCUUAUUUCGCUCUUCUCUUCCAUGAAAAACGCAGAAAAAGAAGCUCAGGAAAAUGGGUGAAGAGCCUUUGGACAGAGAAGUUGAACAGGCAAUUGUGGCUUUAAAGAAGGGUGCACAUCUUCUGAAGUACGGACGUAGAGGGAAGCCAAAGUUCUGUCCUUUCAGGCUAUCCACGGAUGAAAAACUUUUAAUUUGGUAUUCUGGAAAGGAGGAAAAACAAUUAAGGUUGACCUCAGUUACAAAGAUUAUUCCUGGCCAGAGAACUGUAAAUUUUCUGAGACAACCCCAACCAGAGAAAGAAUCCCAGUCCUUUUCUGUUGUCUAUGCAAAUGGUGAACGUUCACUGGAUCUGGUAUGCAAAGACAAGGAGCAGGCAGACUCUUGGUUUGUGGGUUUGAGAGCAUUGAUAUCUAGGUCCCAUCAUUAUGGAAGUUUGUGUACUUUGAGGAAUCGUCCAGGAGCACAAACCUGUGCCAACAGUCCUGUUGGUUAUAGCCGGCGAAGGAAUAGUCUUGGACUGGAGGAUUCAUCUAAAUAUUCUCAGGUUCGCAGCUUAUGUGGGAGUCCUCCACGGUCACUUGCAGAGAGGUGUUUUUCAGAUGGCUUAUCACACUCUUCUGAGGGCUUUUAUUCAUCAGAACCACGAUCUUUAUCAAGCAUCAGGACUGCAAUGGAUUUUAUAGUUCCACAUUUGUCAUAUAUGGAGCCAAAUGAUCUCAAGGAGAAGAGAAGAGCUAAUGCUGGCACAGGAUAUCGAGUGAAUUUGCCUUAUGGUGUCAGAACCCAUUCUCAAUGUUUUCCAUCAACUGACAAUACUGAAGUUCUGAGGGAUGUCUUGAUGUGGGGUGAAGGGAUAGAGGGAGGAACUUUAGGUGGUAGGAGUGACAGGUUUGGUAACCCUAAUGGUACAAAAUUUGAUGCUUUAUUGCCCAAGUUACUGGAAUCAACCAUGAUGUUAGAUGUAAGGAAGAUUUCUUUGGGAGGACAGCAUGCUGCAAUAGUUACCAAACAGGGAGAAGUUUUCUGCUGGGGUGAGGGCAAUAGAGGGAAGCUAGGCCAUAAAAUUAACAUGGACAUAUCUGAACCAAAAGUUGUUGACUCGCUUAAGGGCAUCCAUGUAGAAUCAGUCGCCUGUGGUGAACAUCACACAUGUGCUGUAACACUUUAUGGUGAACUUUAUACCUGGGGUGACAACAGUUAUGGUAUUGGUCUCAUAGGUGAUGGAAACAAUGCGAGUCAGUGGUUGCCCUGUAAACUUUUUGGCCCUUUAGGUGGUACACAUAUAUCAAGUGUUGCAUGUGGAGAUUGGCAUACUGCAGUUCUAUCCUCCUCUGGCCAGUUAUUUACAUAUGGUGAUGGAACAUUUGGGGUUCUUGGGCAUGGGAACCAUCAAAGUGUUUCCCAACCCAAAGAAGUAGAAUCGCUGAAAGGGUUAAGAGUAAAGUCAGUUUCAUGUGGACCAUGGCAUACAGCUGCUGUUGUGGAUGUCACCACUGGUCCUUUCAAGAUAAGUUCUUCCACUGGGAAAUUAUUUACAUGGGGAGAUGGAGACAAAGGAAGGCUUGGACAUCUUGAUAGAGAAAGGAAGCUUGUACCAACAUGUGUAUCACGUCUUAUGGCUUAUGAUUUUGUUCAAGUGUCCUGUGGAAGGAUGCUGACAGUUGCACUCACAGACACAGGUAUGGUGUGGACAAUGGGCAGUACAGUGCAUGGGCAAUUGGGGAAUCCAUAUGCUGGAGACAAAUCAAUCAAUAUUGUGGAAGGCAAGCUUAAAGGGGAGUGUGUUAAAGAGAUCUCAUCAGGAUCCUAUCAUGUAGCUGUCUUGACAUCAAGAGGCAGUGUUUAUACAUGGGGAAAGGGUGCAAAUGGACGAUUAGGGUUAGGUGAUAUUGAAGAUAGAAACUCUCCUACUUUAGUAGAGGCCUUAAGAGAUAGACAAGUAUUGAGUGUUGCCUGCGGAUCAAGUUUUACAGCUGCAAUUUGUUUACACAAAUCUAUCUUUAGUAGUGAUCAAUCAACCUGCAGUUCCUGCAAGGUGGCCUUUGGGUUUACCAGGAAAAAACACAACUGUUAUAAUUGUGGAUUUUCAUUUUGCCGCACAUGUAGCAGCAAGAAGGUUAUGAAUGCAUCAUUGGCGCCGAAUAAAAGCAAGCCAUUCAGGGUUUGUGAUCCAUGCUUCAAUAGAUUGCAAUGUAUCACACAGUCAGAUAGACUAAAAAAGAUGGAAAGCCCAGGCCCAAGACAACCCUUGACACCACGCAAGGUAUUCUCUGACUUGAAAAUAGGGAGGGGAGAGGCAAAAAUUACACGGGGUUCUCUAUUUUCUCCCAGACUAAAUAAUAAUGAGGAAACCAAAUGCAAUGAAGGGCAGGUCUUAAUCAAGCAACUGGGAAGUCAGCUUCAUCAGGAUCCUACUUUUCCUUCAUCAACUGGACCACCAAGAUGGGGACAGGUCCCAUGCCCUGCAUUAUUUAGCACAUAUGAAACAGAAAAUUCUAUGGCAUUACUUCCACAUUCAGGAAAUCAAUUAUCUUCUGUUCCUCCAGCAUAUAUACAAGAGAUUCCCCAGCAAUCAAAAUCCAUAACCGGUGCUGGUAUGAAUGUGGAGAGAGGUUUAUCUGAGUCAGAUAAAUUUCUUAUAGAAGAAGUUUGGCGGUUAAGAGCUGAGGCUAAGACCUUGGAAAAGCAAUGUCAAAUGAAAAGUGAGAAACUUGAAGAAUGUGAACAAAGGCUUGAGGAAACAUGGUCUCUGGCAAGGGAUGAAGCUGCUAAAUGUAAAGCAGCAAAGGAAGUUAUAAGAGCCUUGACAACAAGGCUACAUACCAUGUCAGAGAAACUUUCAGUUGUAAGAGAAGUAAAUAUAAUCCCUGUAGUAGUUGAUGGAGUUGAUAUGAAUCUUCCACGUACGCCACCCAUCCAUGCUGAGAGUACUGACCUAAUUGUUUCCUCUGGGUUGCCCCCUGAAGUUGGAGAACUUGCAGAAACCUGUCGGUCACCUGAUCCAUUUUGUAAUGCAUUAUCUAGUACUCACGAAAGAGAUCUAUGUCCUACUCGCACUAGAUCUGGAGCUAACUCUUUACCAAGGACAGAUUCCAGACGAAAUGCUACGAAACAAUUGAAAAAUGAAUGGGUAGAGCAAGAUGAACCUGGUGUAUAUAUCACAUUCAUGAUUUUGCCAAGUGGACUCAAGGGACUGAAGAGAGUGAGGUUUAGUCGGAAACGGUUUAGCCAGAAGGAAGCUGAGCAGUGGUGGGAAGAGAAUCAGCUAAGAGUAUAUCAGAAGUAUCAAGUUGAAGGAUACAUCAGCCCAGGCAAGAACUAAACUGACAACUGAUGUUUUCCCACUCCUUGUUCUCCUUGAGUAUGCCAUGACCCCGUAUUGGGUCAUACCAAACAGCCUCAACUUGCUCAUCUGCAAUGAGUAUUUCUAAAGCUAAUCGAUAUGAUACAUGUUUGCCUUAUACUUAAAUUACGGGAUUGUUGAGCGAAGAGGCUGUUUCUUUAUUGCUUAAGAAAAAGCUCUUAUGGUCUCUCUUCCACCUUGAAGUUAGGUGGACAAUUUUUCAUUAGAUGCAAGUGGAGAGACUGUGCAGAGGAUUCUCUCUCUUUACAUGUAUUUAUGUAUGCAUCAAUGCCUGCGCAUUUUGGAGGCCUUUUUUCUGUGUUUUUUUAUUUUUUUUUUAUUUUGUAUUUAUAUAUGCAUCUGCGCUUGGGCAUUUUGGAUGCCUAGCCUGUUUUCCAGUGUAUAUUUUAUAUUAAUAAGGAAUCUCUCUGUCUCUCUCUCUCUCUCUA